AUGCGAUUCCGAAGGGCGGGGGCCGCGGUUUUAACAGCUGAGUUUCGAUUCUCGCUACCGGCUGCAGACUGCGCCCGCCCCCCGGGACUUGCCCGGCCCUGCCGCUCUCUGGCGACCUCUGACCUGAACGCAGGUGACAGCUCCGGCCGCGCGCCCCCCGGGAUGCUGAGGGGCGCUGGCUCGGCCGCCUCCAGAUUCAAUCAGCCUGAAAAUAAUCAGAAAACCGGGUUUGGCACGGCGUAUGCUGUUUUGGCUCAGUUAGACAAAAGCACAAAAUGUAAAUUGGAUCCAGAAAAUAACAUAUGGGUACUGGUGCCAGAUUUCCUUUCAUGGGAUUAUCUCUCGCUGGCACCUGAGCAGCAGAUGCUGCCCUCGCCCCCCGCCAAGCGGUCCGACGCGGACAUCGACCCGGGGCUGGCAAGAAGUUUGAUAACUGUAGGGCUGGGUAUCGCAGCUCUUGGAUUUGCAGGUCGCUAUGCAUUUCAGAUCUGGAAACCUCUAGGACAAGUAAUCACAGAAACUGCAAAGAAGAUUUCAACUCCUAGCUUUUCAUCCUACUAUAAAGGAGGAUUUGAACAGAAAAUGAGUAGACGAGAAGCUAGUCUUAUUUUGGGUGUAAGCCCAUCUGCUGGCAAGGCCAAGAUUAGAGCAGCUCACAGGAGAAUCAUGAUUUUGAAUCACCCAGAUAAAGGUGGAUCUCCUUACUUAGCAACCAAAAUUAAUGAAGCAAAAGACUUACUAGAAGCAACCACCAAACACUGAUUGAUGCUCAAGGACCACUCUGAAGGAAAGAAAAGGGACCCUAUUUAAAAAAAAAAUAAAAAGUCCUGCAAACUGGUCUAAACCAUGGCCGUUAAAAAUUUCAUACACAUACUGACCACUUCUUCCACUACUAAGCUGUAUAAUAAUAAAAGACGAAUAGUCUGUCUUUGUAUUACCUUUUGAAG